AUGCUGCCGGUGGUCGCGGGCGUCCAUGUCGAGGUCGACGGCCUUGAUGGGCUCUCCAAGGAUGAGAAACGGCGCGUGCUCAACCGCGUACGUCAGCGUGAGUACCGGCGGCUGGACCUCGCGGAGCUGCAACUGCUGCGGCGCCGCGUCGCCGACCUUGAGAAGACGUGGACGGCGCUGACCGUGCAUGGAAAGCGCGACCGCAUGCGCAUGCUGCCGUGGAAGGACAUUGCGCAUGGCCUACGCGAUGAGACGCAAGUGGCUGUCGACAAGAACCGACGGCUGCGGGACCAGCUCGAGUACUACACGACGAUGGCUAGAGUGCUCGGGUCGUGGGUCGCGCGCCUGAGCCCAACGAUGCAGGCAUCCAUGCCACCGACGCCGCCCAACUGGCACUCGGUCGCGCUGCCCGCGGACGCCGGGGCCCGUGGUCUCGCCAUGGACUGGCUCAUGACGCGCUUGUACCACAACGUCGAUGGAACGUUCGAGGCGAAUGCGUUCCCGGUAAACUCGUUGCAAGAUUUCUCCGACAUCAACAUUUACCUCGACGACGGCAAGUUCCAGUUCGUGGUGCGCAGCCAGCGCGUCGUGCACGCGUCGUUGGCGUAUGUCGACGGUGUCUACGGGGCCUUCUGCGACGACGUGGCCGAGAUCGGCGUGGAGAACAGCACGGGCAACUGGGUGAGCCGCAUCGACCAAGAGGAGCUCGAGGGGCAAAACCUCGUGUACGGCCACCAGACGCUCAUCAAGGGUGUUGAGCAACACUACCUAUGCCGGCGGUACACUUGUGCUCGUGGGUCAAAACAUCGUCGAGGACCUCAAGUAUCCGUCGAGUCAACGCGGCAUGUACGAAGAAACGGGCUGGCGCGUCAUCGAAGCGAUUGGACCCGACCAUACGCUUGUCAAGGACUGCAUCACCGUGACGCCGCUCAGUGCCGAGGACGGCAGCGGGUUCCUCCCGCUGGACGAAUACGGGGCCUUCUUCGGCAUCGAAGUCUCGGGCAACCAAGAAGAGUACUUGACCGUCGCCAACUUUCGUCAGCGCCUCCAGCGCUUUUUCGGCUAUCUCGAUAGAGACGUGCGCGAAUACCUGACACCGCCCUAACUACCAAGCGUUUGGACAUAAGUAGCUUCUACGUCCUUAUGGGUGGCCCC